AAUAAUACAGAAUCACAUGGAUCUGGGCUUUGGUGAAGGAGACAAAAGGGUCUGAUACGGAGGUAGGCGGAAGCGAUAAUGCGGCGGAAAUGAUAAAUUCAUUAGAGGGAAAACUAGGGCAUGAGAAAGUAAAGAGCGAAGGGUCAUCGAAGAAAAUGCAAAAAGGAGAGGCUGAGGGUGGUGGAGUUGAAUCAAACAAGAUUGAACAAGGAAAAUCAUAUUCAUAUAGCUACCUUUUUUUCCUCACAAAUAUCACAAUACCUAUCUCUAGUCUACUGCAUUCAUUUUCGAAUUUGAAUUGGUUUGGGUUUUAUUAUUGUGAUGUUUGUGAGGAACAAAAGGUACUGAUAUGAAGCGAACGGCAAUGACGAGGACGCCACUUCUGGAAAUACAGCCACGGCCUGGUGCGUGCUUCUUUAUUAUCAAUGCUAUUUCAAUUCUUGGGGGGAUUUUAUCAUUAGUGAUUAGGGUUGAUAGGAUUGAAUUAGCUGUUUAUGUGAGGUGGAGUUCCAGAAUUUAGCUUAAACGGUGGCAUAAUGAAACUGCUAUGGAGUUUUACCUUUACAUGGAUGGAUGGAUUUAACUCAUCAUUCCUACUUCUACUGAAAUUCUUUCUUUUACUCUUUUAUUUCACUUUUAAUUACUUCAAAAAUAAAAAUUCAUAUUUAUAUGUAGUUAUAUAGUUGCAGUAUGAAAAGGACUAAUUCUAUCAUACGUAUACAAACUCUUAACAACUCCUUUUCAUUGUUGAAUUAUGAAAACAAUGUACUAUAUCAAUACAUACCCUCUAUACGUGUGUAUCUUCUCUUCCAUAUACGCAUCAAAUCAGUACUAUGGCAACUUCGAAAAUCUUGUUGUUACUUCUUUUGAUCCAAUGCAUUGUAUUCAUUGGCUCUUCUCGUCAGUUGAAGAACACCAACAUAAAUAUCGACAAUACAUUUAAUGUGAUUAACUUUGGAGCUAUUGGAGAUGGACAGAAAGAUGAUUCUAAGAUGUUUAAGCAUGCCUGGGAUGCUGCUUGUGAUUCUUCAGCUCCAUCACCGACCUUUCUUGUACCUCGAGGGAAGACGUAUCUGCUGCAACCUUUAACUUUCAAUGGCAAACAUUGCAACUCUAAUAACAUUACUUUGCAGGUUGAUGGGAGAAUCAUAGCCCCAACCAAACCUUCUGCUUGGGAGUGUGAAACAAAUUGUAACCAUUGGAUUGGCUUUGAAAAUUUCGAUGGUCUGCACAUUCAAGGAUCUGGUACCAUCAAUGGCCAGGGAGAUAAAUGGUGGAAACUUUCUUGCAAAGAUAACGAAAAGUCCUGUCAACAUCGGAAACCAACGGGAUUCAUGAUAGGACACUCCAAGAAUGUAGAUAUCAAAGGUUUAACCUUUGAAGACAGUCCACAAAUGCACAUUGCAUUCGAAAGCUCUACUUUGAUUCAUGCCACUGAACUUACAAUCCGAGCUCCGGGACACAGUCCCAACACUGACGGAAUUCACAUCCAACGUUCCACCAAUGUCUCUAUAGAUAAUUCAACCAUUCAAACCGGUGAUGAUUGCAUAUCAAUUGGCAAUGAAUCUAAAUACAUUAACAUUAGUAACAUCGAAUGCGGUCCAGGUCACGGAAUAAGCAUUGGGAGCCUUGGAAUUAUGGGAAAAACUGAGGAAGUUGAAUUUGUUCAUGUAAGAAAUGUUACAUUCCAUGGAACAACUAAUGGAGUUAGAAUCAAAACUUGGCAGGGAGGACACGGUCAUGCGAGGAACAUUAAAUUUGAAGAUAUAACUUCCCAUUCUUCGACUCGACCUACUGUUAUCGAUCAGUAUUAUUGCCCCCAUAAACAAUGCAAGAACCAAACAUCAGCUGUGGAGAUCAGCAAUAUAGCUUAUGAAAAUAUCAACGGCACAUCACCUAAAGAAAUAGCAGUGCAGCUUUCAUUCAGUGAGUCUGUUCCAUGCAAAAAUAUCACCAUGAAAGACAUUAACUUGAUAUACGAGAAGCAUAAAGACAAAACGUCAUCGUAUUGUCUUAAUGCCCGUGGCUUGAGAAACGGGUCCAUCCAAGUGUAUCUUGUUUACAAGAAGAAGAUAAUUUUUAGGCUUUUUUUCUUUAUUAAUAAGUUCAUAGUAUAUUGUUUAUAACAUGAUAAUUAUUUUCAGGUUUUUUUUAAUUAGUAAAUAGUAUUUUUAGGUUUAAUGUAUUAUCUAUUAUCACAUAUAAUAAAAAUAUUAGUAUAGAUGAAGUUUUCACUAA